UGAAAAUAAGUGAAAACUAAUAUGAAUAAACAAAGGAGGCUGAAAAGGGGAAAGAAACCUAAAACUAAGGGGCCUAUGAGCAAGAAUAUGUCAGUAGGUGAUGGGAGUAAGCAAGUACAAGGAAAAAGAAGUCCAUCUGUGGUAGAAGAGAUCAAAACUCAAGGGACUGACUAUGAAGGCCCGAAUUGUACAUGGACUGUGGAAGAGUUGGUCGAGCAUUAUGAAAAACAGUAUUUAAGCAAUGAUACUUACUCUUUUGUCACUAUGAAUAUUAGGAAUGCUCCUGAUAGGAGCAUGCUCAUGAGUAUAUACAAGGCAGUGGUGAAAAAUGGAGGAUUUAGGACUGUGACUGCUGAAUGUGGCUGGGAAAGCAUCCAUAAUGACCUCAAUCUUAGUGAUAAGGUUCAGAUAUUCGAGUUGUAUAAGACCUAUCUUUUCCAUUAUGAGAAAAUCUUCAAUAAGGAGACAGCGCUUGCUUUGGAUUUCUACAAAGAUGGGGUAUCAAUAGAAGACCUUGAUCCUGACUAUCUAAUCCCAGUGAAAAUAUUUGAGAUGAACAAGCCUGAAGACCUGACUCAGGAGGUUAUCGAUGAGAUACUUAAACAAGAUGUAUGUGUUAUCAGAAAUUUUGAAAAAGCCACUGGGUUUAAUAAGAAGAUAUUUGAUCCGGAAUAUUUCUCCAAGACACAUGCCCAAGCCAAGAUUGAUAUUGUAUGUCAGGAUCCUGAGAUAAAGACCUUCAGAAGAGCGAAGAAUAUUAAAUAAAUCUACUGUACUAGGAGAAUUCAUCAAAUACCAAAAAGAAGCCCAUGUGAAGGAUGAAAAUGGAAAUAUAAAGUUCGCAGUAAACAUCGAUAUUGGAGAUUGGAAGCCUCAUAUGGACGAACUUGUGUCUAAAUUUCCAGAGGAAAUUCUAUUUGGAUCUACUAAAGACUCACUCCAGUAUGUUAGAAGCCAUAUUUAUGGCAUGACACUACCCCAGAUAUAUAUUAAAGUCAAAGGCUCUUGGACUGGCGGCCAUGAAGAGAAUUUAAGAUACAGGGCUGCUAAUAUAAAUCAUGGUCCAGACUCUUCAGAAUGGAAUUGUGUUGGAAGCAAGCAUUCACAUACACUCAGAGAGAUCGUGAGGGAUACGUACAAGACUGAUAUUUAUAAAGACGAAGGCCUCUGGUAUGCAGACGUUGACUUCUGUCUGGCCAAUAGGGUUCCAAUUGUCUCAUUUAAUCAAAAAGAAGGCGAUGUCGUCCUUCUUGGUCCAGGAUGAGAGCAUUGGGUCAGAGGAUUUGGAAAAGCAGUACAAACAGCAUGGAAUUUUGGGACUUAUGAUAAGUGGCAGAUUACUCAAUCAAUUAAGAGGAUGGAGGUCAAUGCUAACAUUAACUUUGGGUCUAUCGUUCCAAACUGGACAUUAUUACUAGAUUUAGUAAACCAUGAGCUGCCUUGUAUUGACAAUGACUGACUAAAGAUAAUCUAUAAGGAACUCAAGAAGAAAGUGGAGCAAGGGAUUAUUGAGAGAGAAGCUUUAAUCAAAAAGCUCUCUUCUGGAAGAAAGAAGAUAUCCAUUAGUUUCCAAAAAGAAAGUGAUGAGUCAAAUAUUACCCAGUGCUGGGGAUGUGGCAUUGAUACAUUCGACUUCUACAUAUGUGAAGGGAACACUAAGAAAGAUUUUGCUAAUUACAGCUAUUAUUGCUUAAGAUGUGCUAGUGCUGAGAGGAUGCUUAAUAAGCUAAGAGAGCACAAUAAAAGAUACGAGUUUUAUUAUAAAUAUGAGCAAGCUCAACUAUCAAAUUUUUUCAAAAGGAUUGAGAGCAAGCUUACUUGAAAGAAUCCAAAUAAAUAUCAAGACAGUGGAAUCCAGAUUCCUCUGCUAACUAAGGCUGAUUGGCCUCAGCUAAGAACGAAGGAGGAUUUGGAAGAGGAGGGCACUCCUUGUAUUUUCUAUGGGGAUUCGAAAAAGAAGCAGGUGAAAGAUGGUAUUUCAAUGACGAAAAGCCUCCAUUCCCUGAGACCUUGUCCAGGAAAACAGGAGAUCAAGGAAUCUGAGAAUGUCAAGACCUGAGCAGGUCCGAAAAAGAUGAAGAAAAGAGUUAAGAAACAAGAGAGCAAAGAAAAGGAGAGUAGCUCGUCACAAAAUGUGGAGAAUGAACAGAAGAGAGGGCGAAACUGUUACACUUCAAUAGUGCCUUCUAGUGGCUCUGAAGACAGCUCAGGUUUGAUCCCAGCAAGAGUAGCUAGGAAGGCCAAGCUGAGCAAGGAUAGAGUCAAGAAAGCUAAUGCAAAGAAAAGAUCUAAACAAGUCAGAAACAAGAAGACCAAGACAGCUGUUCUGAAGAAGUCUAGUCAGUGGAGAGGCAAAGGAAAGGUGACCAGGAAGAUUAGUAGCCACUAUGAAGACAAUUGCUCGGAAGAAGGCGCUUAUGAAAGCGAAGUGUAGGAAAGUGGCGGGUUCUUAAUUUU